GAUAUGAGGGAGAGCGAGCCUGGCUACAGCUAAGCAGAAGACACAGCGGCAGCAGCACCAGCACCAGGAUCAGCUGCUAUUUGGGCGAUUAAAUAGUUCUCGUAGCCUUUUUGCCGUACUCUGACUGCUCCCUGGUGUAAUACUCUUGUCCGGGGAGGAAGCUGCAUUUUACCAGUGAGCUGAACAGAGGUUUGAAUCAUUCCAGCUGCCUGCUUGUUUUGAAAAGGACAGUCUGGGUAUAAAUAAAAUGUGACUGUGCUGGUGGAGUUCAGUUACUGGGGGCUGGCACAAGAGGAGCCUUCCCGGGAUACUGUUCAGACUGAUAUGGAUUGAAAACUCUCGGUAGUUUGCCUGGAGCCAUGUGAAGAGAUUUGAAUAGCAGAUGUCUCUUUCCUGCACACUGGGAAAAGAAAUUCUUCACUAGCUCGUGAUGCCACUGCCUGAAAGAUCCAGCAGGACAACACAGUGAGGAGAAAACGUGCAGUUUUAGAGCUGCUUGCAUGCGAUUCCCUUCUGCUGCAGAAGUGGACUGAGAAAUUUGAUAAUGUUAAGAGUCCUCUUCAUUGACUCUUGGCAACUGCUGCAUUCUGAGAAAGUCUCUUUCAGUUUAGCUUUCCAGAUCCUUUGGCUUCCACCUCCAACAACUUUAUAACCUCCAACAGUUUCAUAAAUGCACUGCAAUGGUCACAUGAACAACUCUGUAGGGGAAUCAGCACCUCUGCAUCUCCUAGUUACUAUGGCACUUUAGGAAAAGAGAAACCAAAAAGAGACAAGUCCACCAGAAGUUGAGAGUCCUGCAAAAAAUGAAUCUUACGGUGAGACUUCGCCGCAGUUUCAGAACGCUGGUAAUCCUCUUGGCUACGUUCUGCCUGGCAAGCAUUGGCAUCUCCGCCUACUACCUGUACUCAGGCUACAAGCAGCAAAUGGCCCUUGUGGAAACCACUGGAGAACCCGAAUGUGAAGAUCUUAAACUUUUACCAUACAGGUCCAUGGAGCUGAAAACUGCUAAGCCAAUUGAUCCGUCUAAAACUGACCCCACCAUCCUCUUGUUUGUGGAAAGCCAGUAUUCCCAGCUGGGGCAAGACAUCAUAGCCAUCCUUGAGUCCAGCCGGUUUCCAUAUCACAUGGUCAUCGCACCUUCCAAGGGGGAUAUUCCCCCUCUCACAGACAGUGGAAGAGGAAAAUACACGAUUGUUAUAUAUGAGAAUAUUUUAAAAUAUGUAUCCAUGGACUCAUGGAAUAGAGAGCUGCUGGAAAAAUACUGUGUGGAAUACAGUGUUAGCAUAAUUGGUUUUCAUAAAGCCAACGAGAACAGCUCACCAAGUACUAAACUAAAAGGAUUUCCAUUACAUCUUUACAAUAAUCUAGCCCUCAAAGACUGUUUUGUAAACCCUCAGUCUCCACUACUGCGCAUUACCAAAGCGCCAAGGGUUGAGAAAGGCCCCCUGCCUGGUGAAGACUGGACAGUUUUCCACUUUAACCACUCCACCUACCAACCUAUACUUUUAGCCGAACUGCAGACCUCCAGACCCUUGCCAGUGGUAUUGCCAAAAGCUGCUCUGUAUGCAACAGUCAUCCAGGACUUGGGCCUUCAUGAUGGGAUUCAGAGAGUCCUUUUUGGAAACAACUUGACCUUCUGGUUGCACAAGCUGAUCUUUAUUGAUGCCAUCUCUUUCCUGUCUGGAAAGAAGCUCACACUGUCCUUGGAUAGGUACAUCCUUGUCGACAUAGAUGACAUCUUCGUUGGGAAAGAGGGAACAAGGAUGAAUGUCAACGACGUGAAGGCUUUACUAGAGACUCAAAAUUUACUGCGCACUCAGGUUGCAAAUUUUACCUUCAACCUUGGAUUUUCAGGAAAAUUUUACCACACAGGCACCGAAGAGGAAGACAAAGGCGAUGACCUGUUGUUGAAGUCAGUAGAUGAGUUUUGGUGGUUUCCCCAUAUGUGGAGUCACAUGCAGCCUCACCUCUUCCACAACGAGUCAUCUCUGGUGGAGCAGAUGAUCCUCAACAAAGAAUUUGCACUGGAGCAUGGCAUACCAACGGACAUGGGGUACGCAGUGGCUCCGCACCACUCGGGGGUCUACCCGGUACAUGUGCAGCUGUACGAGGCCUGGAAAAAGGUCUGGGGCAUCCACGUGACCAGCACAGAAGAAUACCCGCACCUGAAGCCUGCACGGUACAGACGGGGCUUCAUCCACAAUGGCAUCAUGGUGCUCCCUCGACAGACCUGUGGCCUUUUCACUCAUACUAUUUUUUACAAGGAGUACCCUGGGGGUUCUCAGGAACUGGACAAAAGUAUUCAAGGAGGUGAACUCUUCCUCACCGUUCUCCUGAAUCCUAUCAGCGUCUUCAUGACCCACUUGUCCAAUUACGGGAACGACCGCCUGGGGUUAUAUACCUUUGCGAACCUGGCCAACUUUGUGAAGAGCUCAACCAACCUCCAGCUCCGGACGCUGCCCCCGGUACAGCUGGCGCAGAAGUACUUCGAGCUCUUCCCUGAGCAGACGGACCCUCUUUGGCAGAACCCAUGUGACGAUAAACGACACAGGGAUAUUUGGUCCAGAGAUAAAACUUGUGACCAUCUACCCAAAUUCCUUGUCAUAGGACCCCAGAAAACAGGAACAACAGCACUUUAUUUAUUUCUUCUGAUGCAUCCUUCCAUUAUCAGUAAUCUCCCCAGCCCCAAAACUUUUGAAGAAGUUCAGUUCUUCAAUGGAAACAACUAUCACAAAGGAAUUGACUGGUACAUGGAUUUCUUCCCCGCUCCCUCCAAUGUCACCACUGACUUGCUCUUUGAGAAAAGCGCCAACUAUUUCCAUUCCGAGGAAGCUCCUAGACGAGCUGCUUCCCUCAUCCCCAAGGCCAAGAUCAUCACCAUCCUCAUCGACCCAUCCGAUCGGGCGUACUCCUGGUAUCAGCAUCAGCGAUCUCACGAGGACCCUGCUGCCCUGAAAUUCAAUUUUUAUGAAGUGAUCACGUCAGGCCACUGGGCACCCUCCGAGAUAAGGAGUCUCCAGAAGAGGUGCCUGACCCCUGGCUGGUAUGCUGUCCACAUCGAAAGGUGGCUGACUCACUAUCCUGCUUCACAGUUGCUAAUCAUUGAUGGACAGCAGCUAAGAAGUGACCCAGCUACUGUGAUGGAUGAAGUGCAGAAGUUUCUUGGCGUCUCUGCUCAUUACAACUACUCUGAAGCUCUAACGUUUGACCCUCAAAAAGGCUUUUGGUGCCAGUUACUGGAAGGAGGGAAAACAAAGUGCCUGGGAAAAAGCAAAGGUCGAAAAUACCCACCAAUGGAUCAAGAGUCUCGAGCUUUUCUGUCAAGCUACUACCGAGACCACAACGUGGAACUGUCCAAACUGCUGCACAGACUGGGACAACCCCUGCCGUCGUGGCUGAGACAGGAGCUGCAGAAAGUGAGAUAGCACUGACCUUCAGAGGACCAAAGUCUCUAAGGACAAUUUCCUUCACCAUAAAACCCCUUGCUUCUCCGACUCACUUGUGAUUGUCAGUAGAGGACCUCAUGAAUGAUGCUCUUUCUAUUAAAAAAAAACACAAAAGAAUAAAAAAAAUCUUAGAACUGUUUAUAAGCACGCGCUGACAGUUAUUAGCAUCAACCCCUUUUGUCAGCUUCCAGGAAAUAAUACGGAGCCAUGUGGCAUUAUUCUUUAUCCAGACUGGGAUUCGUGCAUAGUCUAGUCCCUCUGUUUACCAGGAAGUACCAGAAACUGUGUGUAGGACUGAUAGACAUCAGUGUAUAUGGCAAAUCGUGGUCUGUCAGGACACAAGGAAAGGAUGGGAACAUCUCUCCUUGGAUUAUGAGGUCGGUCGUUAUGUUUUUUUCCUGUUUGUUUUUGCGGGUGUUUCCCCUGGCCCUGCAAGGUGAGAAAUCAGGCACUUACCAUUUUGCAGGGGGACAUUCAGCACUUUGCAGUCGGGCUCCCUAAUUAUUAUAAUGUAUGUAAUGUUAAUUUAUUAUCGUUGCUUUCUUCAGAGAGUUAACAGUCCGAGAUGGGCUGAAUUCUUGCCUAACCUACUUCCAGGAAUUCCUGUAAUAACUGAUGCAUAGCCUGUUCUCUUUCUUCUGUCACUUUUUUUUCCUUCACGACAAGUUGUCUGCUGGUUUCUUGGAGCUGUGUGGGCAGCUAUUCCUGCAGCACCUGUGGCAGAGCUCUGAGAUGUGAAAUCAUAUUAAAUUGUUUGUCAUGGCACCAUGGGACUCAUUCUAAUAUUAUCAAAACCAUUUAAAAAAUCUAAGCGGGUCAUUAGAGCAGUGUACUGAUAAUAAUAUUGACGCUUUUGUUUCUGUCCUGAAAUCAGUGUUUUCACUCUGAACCCUUCAAAAUAAGAGAUUGGGUUAGUCAUUCAGGGUCUUGGUCUUAAAGCCAUUUCAGAAUAAACUUUUAAAAGACUUUAAUGGCCAAAGGCAUUUGUUAAAGUUCUGAAGAACCUACCGCCUAUUGAAGAAGUCUCUUUCUGUAGACUUCAGUGGAGCUGAAUAGACAAACAUCUCUACUGUAAAUCACGUACACAUAUGAUGUAUUUAUUUUUAUGCCAGUAUAUCUACAUACUGUAUAUCUAGGUCAGACAUACACUUAGUUUUAUGUAUCUGCUUUAUGUGCCCAUAGGUAAAUGAAAAGUUUUGAUUACCAAAAAUAUAGUAUUAUGAAUUGUGCUUUCUUUUCAGAUCUGUGUGGGCAGGGUUGACAAAGCUGGGCAGAAAUUCACUGGGAAAAUUAAGCUGAGUGAACAAAAUCCAUUUAGGUACUUUAGUCUUACAACACUUUUUCUGAGGAAAACAAAGGCAGACAAAGCUUUUCUGCGUGCUCUUUAUGCAGCAGAAGAUUAAGUUUCAGUUUGCAAAGUUCCCUGUCCUAGUUCCUAGUCACAAACCAUUUCAGGUAGUAUAAAGGCUUUGAGCUCCCCCCCCGGCCGUGAAUUUGAGCCUUACAUCUUACCCCAGGAUACAGAAAGGGGUGUUGAGGUUGCACCAUAAAUUCUGGCUAGUCACAGCUUUCUCUUGGGGCAGCACGAGUUAGUGUACAUCAUGGACUGUGAUACUAAAGGACACUUGAAUGAAUUAAUUUAGGCUUCAAUCCAGUUUAUACAAGUAGAUGUCUAUCUUAGCCUUUCCAGCAUUGUAAACUCCUAAAUCAAGAGGCUGUCCACCAAGAUCAUGAUAUCAGCUUGGAAAUUACAAGUCUGAGUCACCCCUGCAGGGGAACCUGUGCCGGUUCCUGACUGUAUUUUUUUAGGGAAGUCGCACUUCCCAGGUUGUGGGAAAGCGUGAGUGUGCAUACACAUAUGUUUAAGAGAACAUAUUCUUAAGUGUGUACAUGACUCCAUUCUCUUCUCUUUUUGUGGCUAGACCACUUAAAGAUUUAUUACUCUGCUGCAGCCUCUAAGUUAACUGGAUUUGGUCUUUUAGCAAGGACAGGUUUAUGCUUUUAAACCUAUUUCAGUCCUGUGACUGCUCAUGCAAACAGAAAAAGAAAAAAAGCACAUAGGAAAAUAUAGCCCUUUUAUUUUGGACUGACAAGUCAGCUGCUUCCCAGAGAUGCGCUGGUGCCAGCUGGCUUGUCACACCUUCCCUGGAGUGUCCUCUCCCACCGCCUGCCUGCCAGGGUGUUUUCUUUCACCCAGCCUCCACCACUUCCCCAGCCCCUUCAGGUAACCUGUCCGCUGCCCUGUCAAAUGUGGGUGAUCCCCUUCCACUUCGGACCCAGCACUGCCUUUCUGGCACCAUAUGAAUAGCCCGUGGAGAAGAGGCCGCAUGCAAAAGAGGUGGAGGUGCAACCGGCACCCGUUCCCUGCUCUUUUCCUCAUUGUCCAGCUCUCGUGCCUUCUGCAAGGCCAAACCGUCGCAGGGAAGGGAAAGGUGCAAGUGCAAAUACCUGUGCUGCCCAGCUGCUCCUCCCAGCCACCGCGGUAGCAGCAGCGCAUAUUGCUGCCUGUGCUGCACCGCGUUGCAGCCCAGUAGCCACUGGUUACAAGCUAAAAGCCAAAGCCCUGGUGUCAGGCAGCCUGGCUUAGUCACGAUCCUGAAACCCUGCGAGAUGUUGAUGAGCUGUAAAUCAUGCUUAGUAAACAGAUGCAAAUUAGAAAAAUUAGCAUGCGUACGCGGGGAAAUACAGAAAUAUAAAGGAGCAUCAGAAAGACAGUGUUGCCCCGUCUCAUGUUCUCCUGUAAAUGUUGUAACGGGAUUCAUCUCACUUAAGUGAGACAUCUGCCUCUGAACUGUGUAUUUAGGCUUUAUUUUAUAGCUGAUGGAGAGAAAUAGCACUUGCAGGAUACAAUUCAUCUCAUCCUAAAGUAGACUUCUUAAAUGAGUGAGAUUAAUCUUGCCUUUUCCUCUCCAUUGAUUGUAGAAGGAUGCUAGUUGAGAGGGAGCGCUCGAUUGUAGAAGUCUAAAGUUAGGCGAGCUAAAAUGGAGCCCUGGACUUUCAUCUCACAGCUACGCCGCUGAGGAUGAGAGGGGACUGGGAGGGUCUAAGAGAAAAGCAGGAUUUUGUUUUGCUUUCU